GGUGUGUUCCCCCGUCAUUCUUGUUCCCCGAUGAUCUUUCAAAAAGGCAAAAAAUUCCUGUUCCCGGUUGCUCUUGUUCAACUUCUGCUUCGUUUCCCCUGCCAUUCUGGGAGAAACAGGCGUCAGAUUUCGAGGGAUUGAGCCCACAAGAAAGUACCUCACAAAUGUUGAAUCACUAGGAAGUAGGAACUGUUUCUGGAAUCAAAAGGUGAACAUGGCAGAAGCUCUGGUCAUAGUGGUUCUCCAAAAGAUUACCUCUGCACUUGGAGAAGAGGGAUUGAAAAUUAUUGGUUCUAAGCUACAGAAGCAGCUACCAGACGUACAAGAAGUUACCAACACAAUGAGGCUACUCCAUAGCGAUUUCUUGAUGAUGCAAGCAUUCAUAAGUCAAGUAGACGUUCACAGGUCCACUGACAAGGUACUGGAGGCAUGGCUGGAACAGGUCAGACAAGCAGCCCAUGAAGCCGAGGACGUUGUUGAUGAGUUCAUUUAUCUUGUUGGCCAAAUGGAAGGAACGGACAGUUUUCUAAAGAGAGCAUUGAACCAAGCAGCAGAUGUUAAAAAAUGGCGCAAGCUUGCAGCACAGGCUAAAUUCGUGGAGGAUUGUCUUCAAAAGAUUACAGAGAUGAAAAAGAGGUUUGAUGUAUCAGCAACAGAUAGUAGGAAAGAUAAUGCGUCGAGUUAUUCUUGUAGACUGCAACAUCUGUCUGAACAUUCGUAUUUGAAUGAUGAUGACGAUUUUGUAGGGAAUGCAGAAGAGGUGAAGCGCCUAACAGAAUGGUUAUCUGAUGUGAGGAAAGAUCGUACUGUAAUCUCAGUAUAUGGAAUGGGAGGGCUGGGUAAAACAACUAUUGCUAGUAGCAUCUACAAGAAAGAAGAAAUUAAAAGAAUGUUUAUCUGCCGUGCAUGGAUAUCUGUCUCUCAAAGUUACAGGGUCAAAGAUCUCCUCAAAAGAAUCCUACUGCAACUCAUGUCAAAGAAGGAGAAUAUUCCAGAUGGUAUUGAUACCAUGGACUGCGUGAAUCUGGUCGAACUGCUUCAAAGAUAUCUGAAGGACAGGAGAUAUUUAAUUGUGCUGGAUGAUGUAUGGAGUAGGGACUCUUGGCCUUUACUAGAUAGUGCAUUUGUCAAGAAUAACAUUGGGAGCCGAAUAGUUAUCACAACUCGAAUCCAAGCAGUGGCAUCCCUAGCGGAUGGAAACCGAGAAAUGAAACUUAGUUUAUUACCAAAGGAGGAAGCGUGGACCCUUUUCUGUCAAAAAGCCUUCGCAAGAUUAGAUGACAGAAGUUGCCCCCCCAAUCUUAAGGCCUGUUCAGAAAGAAUUGUGGAUAAGUGCCAAGGUUUGCCACUGGCUCUUGUUGCUUUAGGGAGUCUUCUAUCCUACAAAGAAAUGGAUGAGCAUGGGUGGGAGUUGUUCUAUUGCCAACUUAGGUGGCAGCUGAGUAAUAACCCAGAGCUGAGCUGGGUUGCUAGCGUUCUGAACCUUAGUUACAAUGAUCUCCCUAGUUACCUGAAGAAUUGUUUUCUCUACUGUGGCAUGUUUCCUGAAGACUAUCAUAUAGAACGGAAGCGGCUAAUCAGACUCUGGAUUGCUGAAGGAUUCAUUGAGGAUAGAGGACCCGAGACAACAUUGUCAGACGUAGCUGCAUGUUACCUGAAGGAGCUUGCUGAUCGUUCAUUGCUUCAAGUUGUUGACAAGAAUGAAUAUGGAAGGCCAAAGAGGUUCCAGAUGCAUGACCUUGUGAGGGAGUUAUCUCUAACAAUAUCCAAGAAGGAAAAGUUUGCUACUACGUGGGACCAUCCUAACUCAGACUGCAAUUCUGACAGAUCUCGUCGACUUUCCUUGCAGAAGGAUGGUAAUUUAACGCAAACAGUAACAAAUUCAGCACAGCUCAGGUCUGUCAUCGUGUUUGUGGAGGAAGUCUCGCCAUCUUGGUUCAAGGACUGUUACCCAAACUUUAGGUUGUUGAGGGUCUUGUCCCUUAGGCACUGCCAUAUUCAGAAAAUACCAGACAACCUUUCUAAUUUGUUUAACUUGCAUUACCUUGACUUGGGAUACACAAAACUGAAGGAGAUACCAAGAUCUAUCGGGAAGCUUGGCAAUCUGCAAACUCUGUAUCUCAAGGGUUCUGUAAUGGAGUUGCCAAAUGACGUGACUCUGUUAACAAAGCUUCAGCACCUAAUUAUAGAUGUUGGAAGGUUUGGAAGUUCAGCAAGUAACAAAAUAUGUCGCCUGGAACAUCUGCAGGCUCUGAAGAACAUAGAGGCCAAUAGCUGCAUGGUUAGAAAUCUUGGAUGCUUGACUAGGAUGAGAAGCCUUGGCAUUAGGAAGGUGCUAGAAUCCUACAACACAGAUCUGUGGACCUCAGUCAGCAGGAUGACAGCUUUGACUUCCUUGUCUGUGAUCGCAGCUGACCGUGACAGAGAUGUUCUUGAUAUGUCAGACUUGAAACCUUUACCAUACCUGGAGAAGCUUAUGUUAAGUGGCAAGCUGGACAAAGGAGCAAUUCCUCCUGUAUUUGGCCACUUCCCCAAAGUGAAAAGUUUAAGGCUUUGCUUUUCUGGGCUCCGUGAAGAUCCACUUUCUUUGCUCUCCGCCAUGUUUCAGAAUCUAGGCCACCUCAAUCUUUACCGCUGCUACGAUGGUACGAGACUGACAUUUCGUGCUGGGUGGUUCCCUAUGCUCAAGCAUUUGUACUUGAGCUCCAUGGGUGAGCUGAAGGAGGUCGACAUUGAGGACGGCGCCAUAAGAAGCUUACAUCGGCUAGAGCUGUGGGGCCUGAAAAGCUUGACGUCCGUGCCUGAGGGCUUUGUGCACCUUAAAGCACUCCAGCAGCUGUGCAUCGGCUCGAUGAUGCCUGAUGAGUUCAAAAGAAGGUUAGUAGGACGCGAUCGAUGGAUUGUUGAACACAUCCCCUACAUUGGAGAUCCAUGAUCAAGAUUCAAGAAGCUAUUCUGGUGUAAACAUCAUAUGUCUUGUAAAAUAGUAAAGCAUCAUGUGUCUUGUACCACUCAAAGUAGAUCGUGAUUAUAUUGAGUGCGUAGUUGCAUCCGCGCAUCGGCUGAUACCGUACACGAUUCCUGAUAGUUGUGUGAUUUUUUUUCUUGUUUCAUUUUAUGAGACUUCUUGCUGUAACCUGUUGUAUCUUGUCAUUCCAAAGUGCCAGCUAAUGUAUGUGCUGUUUCAUGCUUCAA